GCGCACACUCGGUUCGGUUGUGGAGUCUGGCGGUGGGGGUGUUAUCUGUGGUGCAAAGGGGAAAAAGGCUGGAGAGGGGAACGGGAGCAAGAUUUUUUUUUAUACCAAGAACUGUGCGGAAUAAAAGCCAUUCCCGACAUAUCGGUUUGUUAAUUUCGGAAGUUUAUUGGGUUUCCUCAGCAACUGCGCCAGGCGUCUUGCUUUGUUCUGGGGUUCAGAGAUGGCUCAGCGGAGUGGACAGGAGGACCCAGAGCGGUACCUGUUUGUGGACCGCGCUGUGGUCUAUAACCCGGCCACGCAGGCCGACUGGACAGCCAAGAAGCUGGUAUGGGUUCCGUCGGAGCGGCAUGGUUUUGAGGCGGCCAGCUUGCAGGAGGAGCGGGGAGAUGAAGUGCUGGUGGAGCUAGCAGAGAACGGCAAGAAGGCUCUGGUCAACAAGGACGACAUCCAGAAGAUGAACCCUCCCAAGUUCAGCAAGGUGGAGGACAUGGCGGAGCUGACCUGCCUGAACGAGGCCUCCGUACUGCACAACCUGAAGGACCGCUACUAUUCCGGACUGAUCUAUACCUACUCUGGCCUCUUCUGCGUGGUCAUAAACCCUUACAAAAACCUGCCCAUCUACUCCGAGAACAUUAUCGAGAUGUACAGGGGCAAGAAGCGCCAUGAGAUGCCCCCCCACAUCUACGCCAUCUCGGAGUCGGCCUACAGAUGCAUGCUCCAAGUUCCUGGUUCUGAACAUCCAAAAGAUCAUCGUAGUCACUUGUUCCCCUGA